AAAACCUCAAAAACGACGCAGGUGGCCAGACACUCUUGGAGUCAUAAACAAACGGCUGACAGCUGUUUGAAUAAGUUUGAAGGUGACAAAAACCAAGCGUAAAUUUUCACAAAACCCAUUGAAUAUUCAUAAAAUAAUAUUUGAAAGUGUAGAAUAUGAACGUUUACAAUCAUUAAAAAGUGUACUCAGUACAGUGUAUGUUAAAUAAUGAGUGUGUAUUUUGUGUCUGAGCUUUUGUUGUAAUUGUUCAAAAUGUAUACUCUCAAGGGUAUAUUUCCAGAACCAAAAAAGGAGCAGAAAAAAAACUUUAUAAGGGAAAACAUGAAACAGCUUAAAUAUAUUCAGGGCAAGUCGCCCAAAGAGUCACAACAAGGUCUGACGAGCGUCCCUCCGCGGAUCCCUAGGCAGUCAGCCGUAGCCCUCAGCAAAGUCAAGUCCUCAGCAUCGGGAAAAAGCGGCAAAGCUGCCUUCUCAAUUGGGAAAUCCAUAGGCAACCCUCGGAAGAAAUUGACCGAUGUCCGAAUUAAGAAAGGUGACAUGGCUGAGUUCUUGGAGAGAAAAGAGAGACGUGCCAAGCAAGUUAAAGAAGAAGAGAGAGAGACAGAGGAAGAGGAUUGCAAAUCGUCAGAAUCAUCUGGAUGCCUGAGAGAUAUAGGUUGUCAGACUAUAGAGUCCACUUUAGCCCAACAACUAACCGAAUGCACUAAACUUACUGUGUUAUACCCUAAGAAAGAGGACGAGGAAGCUAAGUUGAAAGCAAGCGGGGACUCCAGCCUCCACAAUCGAGUGACAACACCUAAGGGACGUAAGGGUAGUGAUGAGAUGAAUAUUGAUUCGGAGCGGAAUCGUAGUAGGCUAAAUGCAAUAUUGGAAAGGAAGGACAAAGACAACAAAGAUCCUUAUCUACCAUCAGGCUACCAGCGCGGCGUGGUGCCGGCGUACCUGCGCGCGCGGCGGGAGGGCGGCGCGGGCGCGGCGGGCGCGGAGCCGGGCGACGAGUGCCCGGCCGGCCACGUGGCGCUGCCCGACCAGGAGCGCAAGGAGACGCUGCGCAUGCUUAGGAAUAGUUUUGCAGAACUAGUAAGUGAACUAAACAAGAUGCCCGUCAAAACCGACACCCUCCGCAUGCGGAACCGGAAGAUGGAGCUCGAGAAACAGCUCGCCAAGCUGGAGGAAGGCAUCAAGGUGUUCUCGAGGCCUAAGGUCUUCGUUAAGAUCGGGGAAUAGUUGCAGUGCUUACAUGCGUAGGGUUCCGUGGCUUACGUGGCAGAAAUAGUUCCCUACGGUCUUCACACUGGAUGCGAAUUCGCACGGCGCCGCCGCCAACAUCGCUAGAGUGGGACCAAGCUAACUCUGCAUUUGCAAUUACAAAGUGUGGAAAUGUCAUCAUUAAUGUCAAAUUUCUAAGUAUGACGUUUAUUAUGAAACUCGCUUUGUUCUGUUCAAAUCGAUGCAAAUUUAGCUUAGACGACCUCUACAUAUACUUAAGCAUGACGUGCGAAUUCGCAGCAGUGUGAUAACCGCGUUAGUGGGUGCACCUAACCCAGAAUUUAUCAGAAAUUAGCCUGUAUCUCUAUGGUUACGAAGUAAAUUCACAUAUACUCUGUCACUUCUAUUUUUGUAUGGAAAAAUCACUAUAGUCAUGGGAUAUUUGGGCCGAUUAUUUUUUUGAUUUUUGUUACAUUUGGAUAAAAUUUCGAGACAAUUUUAUUACGAAGUUACAAAUUGGAUGUAUGAUUUGAGACAUAGGUACUUACGGUGAAUUUGCGCUAAUAUUGCACAGAAUAGAAAUCGUAAUCUUAAAUUUUUAUGUUAGUCUGACGAAAAAAUUACAAUAAAAUAGAAGCUCCGUGAUUCAAUUGUUUAAAUUUCUGGUAAAUUCAGCCCGUGCGUGGUUUUGUCACUGACUGUCCGUCCAACUUAGUACAUAUUUCUUGUAUACCUAUAGUGCUGAGUGAAGGAUUCCGAAAUAGAAAUAAGUACAAGCGAAGCGAGAGGUUUAAAAGGGGUCAUCCAUUAAUUACGUCACACGUUUAGUGGGUGGGGGGGGUAAGAAAAUGUGACAUGUUGACAAGGGGGAGGGGGGAAUCACAAAUUUUGUGACAUUAUCUUCACCUGUAAGCGAACAUUUUGUUGUGACUUUUUUGUAUUUGCUGUACAGCUAAAAUAUAUAGGUUUUUGCAUUGAUAAAUCGUUUUUUAUUCUUGAAAUUUUUAUUCCUAAUCAGUUCCAUGUCAUUUUUUUCUAAUAUUGCUUUAUUAAAAAAUAUUAAUAUAAGUAAGUAUAAUGGAUCAUCCAUUAAUUAAGUCAUACGAAGUUCUAGGUUUUUUGACCCUUCCCCCCCUCCUUGUCACACUUGGUCACAUUUUGCAAAUCCCUCCCCACCUGGUGUGACGUCACAUUUUAGGCAAUUUAGUUUUCAACAAAAUCGGCAAUACUAACUCGGCAUUAUUUUUUUAAUAAAAAAAUAUUUUUGGUAAAAGAAAUAUUGGUAAUUUUAUAACACAAAACCAAUUAGGAACGAAAAUUACCUACUUCCAAAACCUCAUUAUUUAAAUGUACAGCGAAUAAAAAAAUAUAAAUUAAUUUUCGGUUACUGAUGAAUAGUGAUGAAGUUAAAGUGACGUUUGUGACUCCCCCCUCCCCCAUGUCAUAACAUGUCACAUUUUCUUGACCCCCUCCCUCCCCUAAACAUGUGACGUAAUUAAUGGAUGACCCCUAAUAAUACUUAAAUCAAAUUGCUGAUUUUGUUGGAAACGAAGUUGCCAAAUAUGUGACGUCACACUUCCUAGUUUGCCCCUGGAGGCGGUUGCCAACUGUGACCAGGUGUGACCAGGACUGGAGGGUCAAAAAAUCGUGUGACGUAAUUUAUGAAUGAUCCCACAGGUGGAAUCCUCAGUGUCUGACAAUUAGCUAACCAAUCUAAACAUAGUAAUAACAAUAGUACAUGUAAAAUAUUGACACAACUCUCAAGAACUGUGGAAGAUUUAUUAACAUCAACUCAAAUCGAGUAAAAAUAUUUCUACUGCUCAAAAAACAGUGGCGUAUAAUUAUAUCAUCAGAGCUCUAAGGCCCUAAGUUUUCUUAUAGGUUCCUUGAUCUAAAUGCAGCCAAGGGGCCCUUUUUCUUAGCUACACCACUGAACACCUUCAUUCUAAUUUAAAACGGUCUAUAAAUUGAAAAGAAUCUGUCUUAGUUUCUGUUUUAAAUUCUCGUAACUAAGUUACUUGAUGUAUGUAUGCUUGUAUGUACCUAUUGUUACGUUAUUUUGUUUCUUGUAAUUACUAUAAAUGAGGUUUGUUUCUAUGUUUUACAGUGUUUCUAUAACAGUUUUGGUUGAAAUACAUUAUACAUGCUU